GUUUUCGUGUUUUAAAAAGCUAAACUGGCGAAUAUAUUUUCUCACUUGGAUGGUUCAACAAUGUAACAUUUUAAAAAUAAACCACUUUCGAUGUUGUAAUCUCCGCAACGGCUCAUAAUUGCAACACCCCCCUUCUACCAGUAAAGCAAAUCAAAGCGAAGUAGGCGCUUUAAUGUAACGGAUGGGGUUGCAGCACAGUAAAGUUUUUGGUGGACGAACUCGAAUCUCGGGAGCUGAAUAAAGCAUCUGCGAAAGACAUUCAACACGAAGGGCUGUUUUGUCUGCUACGCAAAAAUGCCUGACAAUACCGGUCGCGAUGCCCGCAUGAAGAAGGAAGAUCUUCCCACCGGGCAGGACAACAAAAAGCAGAUCAUGGAUUUACUAGCGAAGCUGAUGGAAAACGCCAGCCUUAGCAAUGACAAUGCGAAAGUGAUUGGUUUCCUAAUGCCAGCCACGGAUAAUGAGCCGGAAAAGUUUGUACAGCUGUCCGAUUUGGAACGUUCGCUCGAGGAUAUGGCGCUGGUGCACGAGAUUGCUAUAAAUGAAAAGUUUAAGCUAAAACCAACACAACCAGAAAUGGCUAUCCACAUGGUGCAGAAAACGAUGAAGGAUGCGUACUGGAAUUUACUGCGCGACGAGCUGUCACAAAGCCCACCGUGCUACAAAAUGGUGAUCCAGCUGCUGCUGGACAUCAAGGAAACGUUCAAAUCAUUGCUGCGCGGCAACAAUGACCGUGCGCUGAACGCCAUCUUGUCGGUGCUGGAUGAAACCAACAUUCGCCAGCUGGCAGACGAGCAUGGCAGUGCCGUGCUGGAAUACAACGCGCAGUUUAUUAUCAAAAUCAUGGGUAUGGCUUGCUGUCCGGCGCGCGAUUCUGAGAUUGCGGCGCUGAAGCGGGAACCCGAACCAAUCACACAACUGCGCGGCAUAAUGGAGGUGUUGGAUAAAAUGAAGCUUGAUAUGGCAAACUUUGUGCUUGCUUCGACCCGUACCCAGUUUGUGCGUUAUUCGGUAGAGUAUGAGCGGAAGAAGUUUGUCGAGCUGCAGACUAUCUGUGGCAAUAACUUCCCAAACACUGUGGAGUGGUUGAAGCGCAACAAUCCAGCAAAUGCGGACAAUGUUUCCGCAUCGGAUACCGACGAAGCGGCUGGUGGUGGCCCCUCCGUCCGUUCGGAGAUGCGCACAAUCCGUCUGAAUGACGUGCAGAUGCCGGAUUAUUACAUCGAUGCGUACCAAGAAUUUCUCCAGCCGGGAAAGAACCAUCCCUUUCCGGAGCUGCUCAAGCUCGACCAAGAGCGCAUGGUGCAGGUGAAGGAGACCGCCUUACGUAUGAGUACGUGUGCCACCAUUAUGCAGCUGACGUGUGCGGCCGUACCGACCCUGGCCCAUCAUCCGGCACGUGCCGAUCUGGCCAGCAAGCUGAUCAUACUGAGCAUGGACUAUCCGGGCAAAACCGCACUGAAGGAUUUGCUGGAAAACCUUUGGGUGCAGGUGCACGUUAGCAUUUCCGAUCCGUCAACCCAACCGAAGGGUGGCUCCGUUGCCGAUAGUACGAAGCUCGCACUGAAGACACAAAUUCUUAGCAUUGACGACAGCAUGUCAGUGUACAGCGUCAUCUGGCGCAAGCUGAUGCUCUACAUGAAGGCACUAGUAAUGGCCGAGAAAGAAGAUCACGUACCCUUCCCUGUAAGCUUUUACGACUAUCGUGCGGCAACGGUGGAGGUUGCCGGACUGUUUAAACGUAUCGUGUUGCACAACUUCGAGGUAUAUGGCAACUUUUACAUCCAAUCGAUGCAGGAUUGUUAACUAAUUUCGUAUUUAGUUACCUUAUACGCGUAUACUUUCCCCGCCUAAUAUAUACCUUUUUUUUGUCUUUAACAAUGAGCAGAUAGACGGAUGCGUUACGAUACAGGAAAGCGAAUAGAACGGAGACUAAAUGUACAAUAAAAUAUUUUUGUUCGUUUCGCUUUAGUUUAGUUCUCACGUUGCAUGGAUUUCAAUAAUAAACAAAAAAUUACAUCUAUUGCAGUGUACUAGUCCGCACUGCCCUUGGUUCGUUAACACACCCGUUUCCUUUGUAAGUAUUACUAAUUGUUUGAAUAUCAACUUCGGCUAGAUGUGAUGUAAUGUAUCUGAAUGCGGAAGAAACUGUUGUGAUCAUACCCGUACAUGAAUAUAAAUAAACGAUGCGUUUAAUACUAAAAAAA